ACCAACCCACCUGCCUUAAAUGGCAGUGGCGAUCAGCAGCUCGCUGUUGUCGUUCCUCUUUGACUAUUUGCCUGUGACAGCUGGUUAGAAGCAGUCUGACAGCAUAACAUGAAUACACGGGGAAGUGAAAGCGCAUGCAUUUAAUUCUAGUCGUUGGGUGCUCGGCGUUUUUUUUGUCAGCAAACCAUUUAUCGGUUGCUCUUUUUCAGCCGUCCUCCUCCGCUACGUUAACGUUAACGUUAGCUUAGCUUGGCUUGCUAGCAGUCAGCGAAGGUAUGGCAUGCGUAUAAAUGGAAGAGCUCUUCCUCGUUGGGUUUACCAUAAGGAGCAGUUCUGUUUUAAGUAGCUGACUUGGAUGAUAAAUCCUCAGAGACUUCCCGUAAAAGCCUCACAAACUGCUAUGGAGCCACACGCGGCUAUAGGGUGUGUGAACAUUUGCAGUCUGACCAGCACCUUACCGGUGAUCCCCUACCAGAAGCUGACAGACCUGUACUACCUGAGCAGAGGGGGCUUCGGCACCGUGUUCAAAGCGCAGCACUCCGACUGGAGGACCACCGUGGCCAUCAAGUGUCUGAAACUCGAUUGUCCUGUUGGAGAAAGAGAGAGGAACUGCCUGCUGAAGGAGGCCGAGGUGCUCCACAAAGCCAGGUUCAACUACAUCAUCCAGAUCUUCGGCAUCUGCAACGAGCCAGAGUUUUUCUGUAUUGUCACCGAGUUCAUGAGCAAUGGCUCUCUGGACCUGUUGCUCCACGAGAAGGACAUGUACCCCAGGCUUGCCUGGCCUUUGCGACUGAGGAUCCUGUAUGAGAUUGCCCUUGGGGUUAACUUUCUUCACAACAUGAACCCACCCCUCUUACAUCACGACCUAAAGACACAGAACAUACUGUUGGAUGGUGAAUUUCAUGUUAAGAUCGCUGACUUUGGCCUUUCAAAGUGGCGACAGCUGUCUGUCAGUAAAGGCUCGGGGUCCAAGCCCACAGAGAUGGGGGGCACAGUGAUCUACAUGCCCCCUGAGAGGUACGAACCUUCCAAGAGCCGUCGGGCAGAUGUGAAACACGACAUGUACAGCUAUGCCAUCAUUAUGUGGGAAGUGCUGUCCAGGCAGAUUCCAUUUGAAGAGGUGACCAACCCAAUGCAGAUCAUGUUCAGUGUGCUACGUGGGUUGCGUCCUGACACAAGUCUGGGCAGUCUGCCUGCUGACAUCCCCAGUAGAGAAACCCUCAUCAGUUUAAUGACCUGCGGUUGGAGCGCUAACCCCGAUGAACGACCUUCCUUCCUCAAGUGUUUGAUUGAGCUGGAGCCCAUGGUGAGGAAUUUUGACGAAAUCGACUUACUGGAGGCCGUGUUGGAGAUCAAGAAGUCAAAGUUGAAGCAAGGAUCGGCCUGUUGUUCAGCCCAGUCAGUGAGUGAGAAGAGAAGCGAGGAAGGAUCCCUGAACAUGCUGAAGGACAGGCUCAGCCCCUGGCCGGAGAGCUCCACUUCAGGCUCAGGCUCUUGUUCCUCCCAGGACACAGACAUAUCUCUACCAGGCGCCCUCACCAGCAGCAAUGCUGCACCUUCUAAAGAGGGACAUCUGUCGUCAUAUUUGGCUCAUACUCUAGAGCGUCCUGAGUCUUUGAUAGACAACUGCACAGUCAACAAUCUGAAUGGCUACCAGAGUGCCAGGCCCCUUAACUAUUUGAAUAUACCCAUCAAACCAGGCCUGCCUGUCACUGAAUAUGAGACACAGCUGGAUAACCUCACCCUCAAGCCUCAGCAACAAGCAGAUAACUCUCCUCUGUUGCGGCAUUCCCCUCCCUCACAAGGCCCAAUUGCCCAGUGGAUCGCAACACGGCGUGAGGAUAUUGUCUCCCAGAUGACAGAGGCUUGUCUGAACCAAAGCUUGGAUGCCCUGCUGGCCCAAACCAUGCUUAUGCGGGAGGAUUACGAGCUGGUGAAGACCCAGCCGACGCGCACCGCUAAGGUCCGCCAGCUCCUGGACAACUGUCACCGACACAACGAAGACUUCUGCCGCAUUGUUGUCCGCAAGCUGUGUGACAACAAGCAAAUGGGCCUGCAGCCGUUCCCAUCUGAAAUCGGCUCCCCUACUCUCGUCCCCAAUGCGCCGCCGCUGUCCAUGUCCUGCAAUAUCCCCAGGAACAAGUAGCAGCAGUCACAGCCAAUCCAUGAAAACAAUCCAGAUUAUUAACUGUGCCAACUUUACACUACAACUCCUACCUGUUCUUUUUGUCGUCAAGAUGGUCACUGUGGUUUCUGUCUUUCCCUCAAAGAGAAGGAGGAACUGAGGGCUGCGUGAGCAAAAAGAGUCACAGGUACAAAACUAAGCUUUUGGCUUUGAAGAAUAUCCACUCACGAGAGACAAAAGGUUUUAUUCUGUAUAAUCAGAAUCAAAAGUUUGAAGGAAUCAAUGAUUUUAUUUAACAAUGUCCUGGAUUUAUUGAUUUAUUUAUUCUGAGUGGAUGUAUCGCAGAGUUUCUCUCCUUUGUCUCAGUUACGUGUGUGUGUGUGUGUGUGUGUGUGUGUGUGUGUGUGUGUGUGUGUGUGUGUGUGUGUGUGUGUGUGUGUGUGUGUGUGUGUGUGUGUGUGUGUGUGUGUGUGUGUGUGUGUGUGUGUGUGUGUGUGUGUGUGUGUGUGUGUGUGUGUGUGUGUGUGUGUGUGUGUGUGUGUGUGUGUGUGUGUGUGUGUGUGAUGCAAACAUCCCCGAUACACUCAGUUGAUCUGAGUAAGUGAUAUAAGGACUGUUAACAAGCUGGAAAACCUACAGCAAAAAUAAGGUUAAUUCCCAUUAAAGCAGUCUUGGUCAAAUGUUGGUUUACCGCCUGAGAAAGUGAGCGAGCAUGUGGCCCUCACAGUGUCUUUGUAUUGAAGCGAAGUAUGUGGUCUUGUAGUGUUGGAAAGAGUUGUGAUUUUGAUAGAGUGUGACCGCAUGGGAAGUUUUUGUCCCUGCCCCGGGCUCUUUUUCCUCCUCCUCCUUUUCUUUUUACUGCUGAACUAAAGAAAGUCGCUGGGACAUUGAGUAAAGAGGAAGUUGAGAUUGUAAGAUAUCACUCAAAAUGAGAGGGAUGCGUGUCUGUCUGCAUGUCUUUGUCUAGAUUAAAAGUGGACCAAAGUGAUCUGAUUUCUUUUGGUCUUCUCAGUAGUGGCCUCACCUCUCAGUAUUUUUAAUAGUGUUGUUUUAGUAGAGACACUUCAGACUCAUCUGGAUACUUCCAGAACUGCAGUUUAUUGAUGGGUUUCACAUUUUUGAUCCUGUUGAGCUGCUCAGCAGGAGAAAUGCAACACAUGAACAGAUGAAAUCAAACAGGCUUUGCUUGUAGCAACCUUUAGUUUACCUGCUUUAUAAAGUGCACUCUAAGCAGCCAAUGCUCAGUUUAUCUCUCUAGACUCGUACAUUUUCUACUGUAGCUGUGCUUCCUAAUCUGCUCAAAACGACAGUAACACCUGUUUAUAAAAUCAUUUUGGCUUAAUGCAAGAAAAUACACAUUUUCACAUUAAGACCGUAGCACCAGAUUGUUUGUAUAAGUAAUACUGAGUAAUACAGUUUUUGAAUUACUUCAUGCAUUGUAAACAAAUUAUUUCUGUUUCCAUGACACAGGUGUUACUUCCAGUCCUCCUUAUAGCCAUGUUUGUAUAUGUGUGUGUAAUAGGACUGCAACUAACGAUUACUUUGACAAGUAUUUUCUUGAUCAGUUGUUUGGUCUGUAAAAUGGUAGAAAAUGCACUUCACUGUUUCCCAAGCCCAAGGUGACAUCUUCAAAUUUUGUCUAAAACCCAAAGAUAUGUAGUUUACUGUCCUAGAAGACUAUUCACUUAUAAAUGGCUGGAACCAGUCAAUUUUGGGUAUUUUUGCUUAAAAAUAACUUAAUUGAUUUAAAAAAAAAUAGUUGAAGAUUAAUUUUCAUAUUAAUUAAUUAAUUAAUUAAUUAACAAAUCGAUUCAUCAACUGAUCGUUUCAGCUCUAGUGUGUAUGUUGUAUGCAGGUAUACAUCCCAUUAAGGGCCUUCAUCACUGCCUUUACUUCCUGUGUAGCAGUAGUUAAAUAGGUACAGUAGUGUAGCUGUGUCAUUUACUGUCAUUACAUCCACAAAUUCCCCACACAAUAACCUUUGUAUUGUUCCCCAUCGUUGGGUCAUUUUCAGUUCAAUAAAGAACUUUAAAAAACACUGUGGGAAAUGAGCCACAGCAGGUUAUUCUUAGUAAGACACAAGAAAUCGUACACAAUUGUAUCAUGUCAUUUAAAUGACAACAGGAAGGCCAAGCAAGGUCGAUAUGUUUCCAUAAUGUUGCCUUGUCUUUGAUAACUGUGCCUCAUAUUCUGCUUUUGGUCUCAACUAUAGAAAUGUGCAAAAGCGUUUAACACAUAUCAAGAAACGUUGAGUAAAAAUGCUACAAAUUUGAUAGCUUAAAUAUGUUGUAACAUAUUUUGUACUGUAGAUGAUAGUUUCAUCUUUUUUAUAUAUAUUUUCAUUUGUGAUCUCUUGGUAAAAACUCAUGCAUUGUUUUUGUUAAGUGAUGAUUUGAUAUUCGUAGAAUCCCCUUCUUCAAAACACCGGCCUCAUUUGGUGCCCAUGUCAUUAUCAGUGUCAUAAUGUGUUAGAGAACCAUAGACGGACAGAACGUUAAGUUGAUAUGUAGCUGUGGUUUCAAAAGAAACUACAUUUUUCAUAUAUUGUAUCAAACUCUUCAUUAAAAUGGGUUCUCUGUUUUAA